UGUACAAAUUAAAUGUUACAUAACUCAUUUUUAAUGUGGGCAUUCCCCACUGCAUCUAACAAAAACCGUCCCUCUACAGCAUUUAAAAAUGACCCGGUACAGCAUUAAAAAAAUACUGCAGCAUGUCCAUGGUAGUAAGCAUUCGAACUGAAUUUAACACGUGAAUGUCGCUUGCAAACGUAAUUGUCAAACAUCUGUGCUUAAUUAGUGGCAAUUACUUCAACUUAGAUUUUUGAGGUGGUGCAAGUGGGAUAGUUUUUCAAAAUGGGUUUUGACAAAGAGGUUAUCGCAACCUCUACAAUGCGACAAAGCGAGGCGAGACAAACUAGUAACCUUACUUAUCAUCAUUGCUAUGAACACAGGAAGUCACAUGUCACAUGGCAUAUGUAAAAUAUCUCUUUUAGCCAUAGAACAUGUUUCCUAUGUACUGCAUCCAUCUACAGUGUAGAAUUCAGUUGACAGAGACUGAAAUGAAUUUUGAACUCAGUGUUGGGUGUAGAAUUUCCCAGAACUGUAUCAGUUACAUGGUGACUCUUGUAUCCUACACUUAGGCUACAGAAAAUAUUUUUAGCUUUGGUCAAUUAAAUAUUGCCAACAAACAUUUAAAUCAUUAAAAUAAAUCAUUACAGACAUCUAUGAAGGAAAUUAAACAUUGAUUGCAUUCAAGGAGACAGAAGUGAUUUCCCUUUCAGAAAAUAAAUUGACAUUCUGAAAAUCCAUGUGCAGUGCUUGGACUCUUUCAUUAUCUUCAUGGACAUGGCUAUACACAAUGAAUCAUUUUAAAUUGCAUUGUAUAAUUGAUCAGACAGAAUGAGUUUCAAGCUAUGGGGUUAGAAGAUAGUUGGUGACAGUUACUGACUGUUGUUUAAAUUAAAUUUUAAUAUCAUUCGCAAAUGCUUUAGUUGUGGUGCUUCUUUCAAAACAGGAAAGUACUACCACAUACAUUUCAGGUUAAAAUUUGUGGUUUUAGCAACAGGAAUGAAAUGUUGUUUGAUUUUCUCUCAGAUAUUGUCCAAGUAGUUUUUCUGUGAGAAAUUCUGUCAUGGUUACAUAACUCAUCCAUGAGAAAAGUGUGAAUUGGAAAAUAAGGCAGGUGUUUGAACAUAUGCAAGUGCUUGAAGGAAUGCUAGUGUUGAUAUUUUAAUUAUAUUAUAUUAACACUUGAUAACCAUCCCCAUUCUUGCCAAUGAUGUGUAGAACUAUACAUCGAAGGACCAAAAUCACAGAAUUUAAAAAUGCUAGAAUUUUCAUUUCCAUUAUGUUCACAUUUAAUUAACAAUUCAUCGUAUCACACCAUUUUCAGGAGUCCAGCUGAGUCACCUUUAGGGAACAAUUUUUCAGUUUUCCUACAUUGGCUACAUUUGUCUGGCAACUGGUCUCUGAAUUGGGCUAAAAAGAUUAAUUGAUUGAUAGAUUGACAGAUCUGGAAAGUUAAUCAAGGCUUUUUUGUAUAUCCUUGCUCACUCUGAUUUUGGCCCUAAGGUGACUGAUGUGGUUCUGUAAGAAAAUAAAGCUCAGGGGAAAUGGUUGGUUGGGCACACCCAUCCAUGUAUCAUAUACAGUUUCCCUGGGGAUCGCAUUCAAAUAUGUGAAUGAAAACUGUUACACUUCAGUAGAGAUUUGUUGUAGGUGUAGGAAAGGUGUAAUGCUUGGUGUAUAUGUAAGAAGGGUGCAGAUUUUUGGAAAGGUGUAAGUAUAGGACUGAUGUAGCCUCUUGAAAAGGUGAUGGGAAAUACCAGUUGUUUCCCCCUUUUAGGUUAGCUUCUCCAUAAACCAGACCUGCUGCCUGUGGGCACUGAGGUUGUCUUUGAUCCCGGUUUACUGAGUUUUGCCUUAUCUCCUACAGUAUUGUGGCUCAGCACUUAGAUACUGCAGGGACAAAAAACAACGCCAGUGUGGGAGUGAUAUUUAAUCCUGCAGUCUUACAUAACAGGUCUACUUAUUUCAAGGGAAUUCAGUUCUGCCUAACUGUGGGAAAGGCACACUGUACCAUGCCAUAUGUGGGGGGGGGGGGAAACACUAUUUCUUGUUGGAAUGUAGCCUAUAAUAUUCAUGUUUGACUUCACAUUGUAUAGAAUUUUGAAUUAGUGAUAGAAGUGGCACCAACCUAAAAGCAAAUUAGCCAGCCAGCAAAUGACAGUUAAGGCAUAAUGUGUUUGUGGGUGUGAUUGGACCUGAAGUUCAGCAAAUUACCAUUAGUAACAAAAUUAGCUUAUUUUGUUCCAUAUGCUGUCAUACCACAAUGGAUAUGAUGCUGUGCUUUAAUUAAAACUACUGUUCAUCAGAAGAAAAGCAUGUAAUAUUGAUCUGAAUAACACAAACAGCAACAAAUCCAACAGAAAACCAUGUCAGUGAUGUCCAACUCUAGUUGAAGUGUGCUGGAAUGUUCUUAUCCAGCAGAGCUACCGGCACCUGUUGGGACAAUUUCAUCCCUGGUCACAGAAUUGACAAUGAGACCAGCAUGUUCCAGUAUUUUGUUUACUUGUUUUCUCAGAAUUCAUGGCUGUUUUAGGCAUGAAAAUAUUCCUCAUGCUAAUUCUGGUACUCAUGGUAAUAAACCAUGUCCAGCAAAUUUCAUGCUUCCUUUGAAAAAUGUCUCAUGGUGAUUUGGGGUAUCAAAGUCUCCUUCCCACUGCCUGUGUGUCAUAUAGGGGGAAAAAAACAGAGAUGAGUGCUUUAAAGUGCUUGAAGUGAAGAAAUCAAAGUGACAUGGUAGAGUCACAUGUGCCUCAUUUCUGUUGUACAAGAGGAGGUGUUAGACACUUUAUUUAUAGCAGAGUUGCGAAUGAGAAUUUCAGGUUCUUUGGUAAGGAACUUGGAGGCGAGCACACAGAGAGCUACAGCUGGUGUUAAAAGAACAAAUGGAAAUGAACUGACUGAAGAGUGCAGCAACGAUCAAAAUCAGAAACUGAAAGGAGGCAACCACUCAGAGGCAGUAACCAUGGAGACCAGCCAGCUUUCAGAGAUGGAUCCUGCAACUGAGUGCAAAAUGGAUUCUGUUCAGAUGGAGAAGGUAGAAAACACAGAAGGUGGUGAACAGUUUACACCCAGUGUAGGUUUAUUGGAAGCCACAGAAACAGGUGGUGCCAUGGAAACCCCCACGCAUCACAGAGAUAUGUCUGAAAUCAACAAUGAAUUGGCAACUGUUAAUGGACAGGAGAGUACAAUGGAUCUUGCCCAACAAGAGGAGGUCUUGGUCCUAAAGGUGGUACAAGAAGAGCUCAUUCGAACAGAUUCUGUUACCUCAUCGGUCUCUGACACACCCUCUAGUCCAAUAAGCGUUUACGAGAACAAGCUGGUCUGUGACACACAGGACUUGCCGGACCAAAAGCAGCCAGACAGUCCCAUGGUGACAGAUGAUUUUGGAGACAACCACAUCUUAGAGAAGGUGGAUGACCACAGCGAGGUUCAGGAAGCCGUCAUGGAAAGUGAAAGCCAAAAGGAAAUACAAGAAACCGUCCUAGAGCAGCAGAUCCAGGAAGAGGCCUCCUCAGACAUCUCAGAGUCAUUUCACAACCCAGACCAAGAUGAUGACCUAAGCGACUGUUUGCAUGCUGAAAUAGCCAUCGUCUCCUCCGACAGUGAAACCGAUGAGAACUGGAGGGCCAUAUUUUCAUCCACAGUGCAAAAGGAUGACUGCGAUAAGCUCUUCCUGGAUGGCGCCCAGGAGACAAACGUCUGUGAGCAGUUAAUUCAAAAAGACACAGAUGCCACAGGUUUCAGUCGAGGCGAUGAAGCUAAGACAACAUGCAACACCGAUAUUUUGGUGCAACCUGAGCCCACUGAGGAGCCCCUCACCUGCUCAUAUGACAACGCAGCUGAAUUUCACAACUCAACAAAAAUCACUGAGGACAAGGAGCCACAACAGGCGGUGAGGCCGAGCAGCAUGAGCCCUUCUUGUGCCACUAAGACAAACUCAGAAAAGAGGGUUCCCAGUGACUACUGCGUGAUCCAGGAAACCAAGAGCAAGGAUGUCAGCACAGAGCACGUUGACUUCCAAAUGGCUCGCAAGCAGUGGCUGCAGAUGGAGGAGCAGACCAAGAGUCAAGUGCACCACCCCUCCACCAAGCGGGCCACCAGCCCUGGUGGCCACAGCUUCAUGUACACGCCUGUCAGAACUAUCAAUAAGCCCAAAAAAGACCCAGAGCUUGAAACCCUGGGACCGAAUGAGUACCCAUACACUCAGUUCAGCCCCUGCUCAGAGGACUCAGGCCUAGAUGACUCCAGCUACAGGUCGGCAUAUGACGACCCCGAGACACCCAUUGAAAGAGAGAUCCGGAUGGAACUGGAGCGAGAAGAGAGCUUUAGGCGGGAGAGGGGCCUUACCAAAGCAGCCGACUCUGGGGAACACGUGCGGGCUAAGGCCCGGUCACCCAGCUUCCACCUGAGCAAGCCUGACAAGAGCCCGUCGCGGGACAGGCUACCGCGGUCACCCACCGGUUCCAAGACGCCACCAUCGUUCACCUUCACCUCCAAACCGCCAGCAGCAAAGGCUCCGCUCUAUCACGAGAUGGCGGCUAACAACGUCAUCAUCCUUGAACCGGCAGAUCCCUACCCUACAAGCCCGCGACAUUCUCCCAGGGGGCCCGCACCUAGUCUGUCAAACAGGAAGUUCAACGAGUGGCCCUCAGAGACAACCAGCGUCAUCAUCCUAGAGACGUCAAACCUGAUCAUCCGUAGUGCCUCUGAGUUAUGCCUGAACACCGCUAGCCAAGAGACCCAAGAGAGCACCUUCCACAAUAACCCCUUCUUCAAGCUGCGCUCCCGAAGCACCCAGUCACUGGUGGACCAGGAGAUAAAGGUGGUCAAGCAGAGAGAGGAGGAGCUAAGGAGGCAGAGAGCACGCCUGUAUACGAAGGAGAAGUAUGACACUGUCCUGGUGUCCCCAAACCUGCUGAACAACCCAUGCCUCGACAGAAAUGCAGAACUGCCAGCGAGGUGCAAGUCCUCUCCAUCCUCACCCAUGAAGACUGCACGUAAAAUGGACCGUUCAACACUGUCGUGUGAUCACAAGUAUAUGGACACAUUCUCCGGAGCACGACGCAAGAGCACCCUGGCCAUGCGCUGGGAAUCGGGGGAAUUUGCCAAACAUGGGAAGGAUUGAAAAUCCCUUUCGAAGUAGAGAAGCCUGUCUGUUCCAUUUUCUCGCAGUGGUGCUGUGUUAUGUUCGUUUGUGUUUAAAACAUAGCAACACACACUGCUUGUGUGACUUUAGCAACAUAUGACAUUGUGUGAAAAUUUGUAAAAUACAAGAUGUUGAAUAUUAAUAUGAAUGGAGUGUUUAGUUAACAAUUGUUCAUGUUUAUAUUGAGCAAACCUUUAUGGCUAUUUUUGAGGUACUGUAUUAUGUUGUUAUACAAAAAGAGGAGGGUAUUUAUUGUAUUUUCGUAUUCUAUUUUCUUCAGAAAAGAGAAAUUUGCACAUGCCUUUCAAAGAAUGUAGGCCUUUGCAUAGAGUUUAUUGUACAAAUAGUUAUUAACACACAGUUUGAAAAUUCAUUCUGCAGCAUGAGUAAAUGCAAGUGGUUAUGCGAUGCUAGUAAUGCACAAUGUUUACUGUGUCAGUGAAUGCCCCAAGAAUUUUAAUUUAUUCAGCCAGCAGGAGGAAGUCCCUUGAAAGGAGAAGGAGAAAACAGGAAGCACUUUAUGGUACUUCCUUCCUGUUGUAAUACUUUGCUCUAUUUGUUACUUUUUAAAGAGCCUCACAUUUGAGAGAGUUCAGGUAACUGCAACUUAAUGUUGCAGGGUUUGUCACAUUUAUAUAUUAAUCUAGCAGCACAAUUAUUAAAUACUGUAAGACUUUGGUCUUUCUGAUCCACUUCUUUUCAAUGAAGACAUGAAGGGCAAACAAACAGAGUUUUUAAUGUGUCAAUGUACUGUAUACCGUAGAUCUACAAUGUGUUCUGGAACAUGCAGAAUGUGCAACAUUCUAUUACCAGUAGUGCUUGUUAAUAAUGGAUAUUAAAUUACAAACAGUUCCAGAGGUCCUUAUAGGCAGUAUUUGCACCAACUUCAAUUCUAAAUGUCUUGUUUUGAAGAUUUUUGGUUUUUGUAUAUUUUGCUACUAUCAAAUUUGCUUGAAAAAUGUUUUCCCAGUUGACCAGUAUUGCCUGCUCCUAAUAAUUUAAAAUAUUUAUAUCUGUAUGAAUGAAAAAAUAGAGUACAGGAGAAUUUCAAAUGCCUUCUUUGAGGUACAUCUGUGUCUUUGCUUCUAUUUGUAUGCUGAACACCACUGCUGCAAAAAUAAAGACGUACUAAUAAAUCUCAGAAUUUUUA